AACGCGUCGUAUCGUAGCGCGUAUGUUUUUUUCUCGUGAUCCCCUUGCUCUUCUUACGUUUCCUCAACAAAUAUUACGAGGUUUAUUGUGCAAAUGGUUGCGCGUUCAAUAAACUCAAGUGUUUUUUGUAAAUUAAUAUAUUUUAACCAUUCAAUAAAUUCAUAAUAUUAAUCGAUAAAUUAUUUUUAUUAUUGACACGUAUUUAAUAAUUAUACUUUGUUAUAUUAAUAUCGUAAUUAAUAAUGGUUAAACUAGUGAAAAAAUUUGUUGUCGGUGACAAAGUAUUUGCUAAGGUUCGAGGUUAUCCGCCUUGGCCCGCUAAAAUUCGAAAAGUACCAGAGUCUAAUAAAAAAAACGGCAAAUACGAGGUUUACUUUUAUGGAACUGGUGAAAAGGGUGAAUGUACUCUUGAUAGAAUAUAUGAUUACCACGAGAAUAAGGAUAAAUAUGGUAAGCCUAGUAAAGCUAAAAAAUUUCUUGAGGGUAUGCAAGAGCUUGAACAAGACAUUGAUAAAGUUGAGGACAAAACUCCAACUAUAACUGAAACAAAAGAAGCUGUUGCUGAUGAAUCAGAUCAUGAAAAUAACCAAACGACAACUGAGCCCUCUGCAGCUGCUCAAUUAGACAGUGAUGUAGAAUCAACAUUGGUAAUUGAUGAGAGUGAUAAAAAGAAAUCGUUGAAACGUAAAACAAUACUCAAUACAUCAAAUUCUACCGAGACGCCAGAAACAAAAAAGAAACGUGGUCGUAAAGCGUUAACAACUCCUGUGACAGAAGCAGGGAAUGAGUCUCAAGGUGAAGAAACUUCUGGAAAAGAAGUUGUUAGUCGUAGUGGCCGAAAAAUAAAACCUAAACGUUUUGCCGAUUUUUCAGCCGAUGAUGAAUAUGAUUUAGAUACUAUCGGACGAGGAAGACCGAAAGUUAAACACGAAGAGCCUAACGAAAACGUAUCGACUCAGUCUAAUGCUAAAAAAAGAAUGAGCAUAGAAAAAGACGAUAAAAAGCUUAUAAUCAAUGAAAAUUUGAAUCAAAGUGAAAAAACUAAGCGGUUACGUACGGAAAGUCAAUUGAUAGAAUUAAAUAAUCAAAUAAAGUCAUACUUGUCUUUAGAACAAGCAGACACUGACAAAUGUCUCCGAGCAAUGGACGAUGUACUCGGUCUUACAAUAGAUUCGUUAAUGCUUAAGAAACAUUCUAAUGUUGUUGAAACUGUAAAAAGGUUACGAAGAUAUAUUGGUAAUUUAUCAGAGUGGUCGCUUUCUGAAGAAGCUGUUAAAAAUUUUAAACAAAAAGCUCAACAAAUAAGGGAGAAAGCUGAUGAAAUGUAUAAUAAGUUCAAAACGCUGUUCAUUAUUCCGGAUGGUAAGUCGUUUUGGCAGACAUUUAGUGAGCAAGUUACACAGUUUAAAGAAGUUACGAAAAAUAUGUCUGAGCCCACAAUAUUUGGACUCUUGGUUGAUCCGACGAAUCUCGAGUCUGCAAAUGCCAAUGAUGUAUUGUCUGGUGAUGACGGAGUUACACAAAAUGAUGUCGUAGCUAAAGGAGAUUUAUCGACUGAUGAGACAUCAUCUCCAAUCUCCAAGUAACAUUCAUCAAUAAAUUAAUAAUAAAAAUAAAAAUAAAUAAUUUAAUAAAAUACAUCAUCUCCGCCAUUACCAAAUCGUUAUUAAAAUGAAGUCUUCAAGUUGUCUAAGAUAAAUAAAUAUGUUUAUAUAUUAAUUAAAACAAUUCAUUCAUGCUGUUUAUUUAACUCGAAUUACUUUUUAUUAUCAUUUAUAAUUAAAAACAAAAUUUUUAAUAUCGGUGUUCAUUUAUCUUUGAUAACUAAGUGACAUUUGUUUCAAUGACAGUUAAGCGGCGUAACACCAUUAGUUGAGCGACAAAUGCACAAUUUUAUUGGUGGAAUAAUUGAAUUUAUAUAUAUGAUAAUUAUAAUAAUAAUAAUAAUUUAAAUGAAUGAAUAAAAUAAAUAAGCGCGUGAUUUUUAGUAAGAGAUUAUAAAUAUUUUACCAACUUUAUUUACUCCAGUUGCUUCUUUAUAUAUACAUAAGAAGUCUUCGUUAUCAACGACUUACUUUAUUUUAAAUAUAUUAAAUAAUUAUUUCUUUCACUAUCUUCAGCUAGCAAUAGAUUUUUUUUUUUUAAAUAAUUUUUCACGUAGUUUAAGUCAGAUAUAAUGAUUGAUAUUUAUUUGGUUUAUUACGCAACUAAAUAAUAUUUCAUUAUUUCAUACUCGUCGUUACAUUAGAUUUUCAUUUAGUUAAGUUCUUUUUUUGUAACAUUAAUGUUUAGUGAAUGAAUCGAACACUAUAGUUACAAGUAAUAAUUAACGAGAUAUUAAAAAUAUUCACUAUUUCAUAUUCAGUUGUUGAUUAUUAGCAGUUCAUGAUAUGAUGAUGAACAAGAAAAUAAAUCAUUAGAAUUUUAAGAGUUCUUCUUAUGAUAGACUAUUACGUGUAAAUAAAUACUAAUGUUCAGUUUUUUAACUCAAGUAAGCAAUAAUAAUUUUUUUUUUCAGGCACGACUUAUUAAAAAAUAAUUUUAACUUUGUAAAAAAAAAAGAGUAUAAAAAUUAUAUUGAUAAAAUUUUGUUUUAUUUCUGAUUUAAUUUAGGCAUGUAAAGAUAAUUGUUAUCGAAAUUUAUAUAAAUAAAAAUUUUAAAUUUAAAUAAUAGGUAUGAAAAUUUUAUACAAUGAGUAUGAAAAUGAAGUGAAGAUAAAAAUAAAUUUAAUUAUAUUUUUGGUAUCAAACAAAAUUACUUUGUAUUAAAAAAAAAAAAAAAAGAAAAAAAAAACAAAAUAACUAUAACUGAUGAUUGUAAUGACUUACAUUUAAGCUUCAAUAAAAUAAUUUAUAACUUGAAAUUA